AUGCAGUCACCGCCAUAUGAAGAAUUUGGCGCUUCAUUGAAGAAUUACUUCAACAAUACAACCCUUUCCGAUGCCACCAUCAGAUGCGAAGGUCAGUAUUUCUCAGUCCACAGUCUUAUUCUCUUUUGCCACUCCGAGUAUUUCAGAAAACAGCUCGAUGGACCAUGGAAGGAAAGCUCAGAGCGAGUGAUUGACAUUCUGGAUUUUGAUCCGCCUAUAGUCGAGGCGAUGACACUUUUCCUCUAUUGUUUCGAUUACGAGUCGCCAGCUGAUUCGUCAGCUAUGAUGUUCCAUGUCAAGGUCUAUCAGAUUGCUGAUAAGUAUGGGAUUGAAGCUCUGAAGAGACUCUCUGCGACGAAGUUUCGCGCCAGCAUUGAUGAGAAUUGGAAGACGGAUGAAUUCCCAGUUGCAAUAGCAUUGGCGUAUACGACCACGCCUCCGGAGGAUAGGGGAUUACGCGAUAUCACUGUGCAGGUCGCUUUCAACAAUAUUGGGACGCUGAUGAGUCGGGACGCAUUUUGUGAAACACUGAGCGAUAACCCUGAUCUCGCUGCCGAUAUUAUUCGUUUCAUGCAUGGGAAAUGGGAAGAACUUGAGGAAUACAAGUGCUCAACUUGUGAGAGCGUCUUUUUAAUAGGCACUGUUACGAUUGAGAUUGGCGACUCGCCACCCAUGUACUGCCCAAGAUGUAAGGCACGUAAAAAUUCUCGGCGCUAA